GCACUGCACUGCGAAGCAGAAAGUCGCGAAUUUCGCAAAAAAUGAAAACAUCGGAACUGAAAACAGCGAUCAAUUUGCUUCCAUCCGCCGUGCUUUCAACAUCAUUGUGAAACGUUUAUGUACUCGGUGUCGUUUUCAUUCGUGGCCAUUGAUUUUCCUUUCUCUAGUGCUGGUACCGUGGCUUCCCGAAUGGGAUCACAGUGGAAAAGAGUAGUGAUGGGUGAUGGCUCGAGGAGAUGAAAUUCCGUCGGUCUAAGUUUAGAUUGUUUUCGCGUUGAGAUCCCACAGAGACUCGAGCGAUUGUUUCUAUGCUUGCGAUAUAAAGGAUAUGUAUGCAAAUGGCACCGUGGAGAGUGAUUGUGUGAGAUUUCGUCACUCCGGUGGCAGCUUCUAGUUUUGCCUAAUUUGAUUGUGAUUAUGUUUAGUUACGUGUGUUACAAUAGUAGCUGGAAUAUAAUAUUGUGUUUAUUUGUGUUAUCAAGGGCGUGUUACGUUUAGAGUGGCACGGUAAUAGUUGUGGCAAUAGUAUGGGAAACCGAUGUUUCCCAGCUGGUACCUAGCAGGUGUUGAUGUUAAUAAUAGCAUUGGAAGAAAAGCAAUAAACCUCACAAACGUAAGGCGGUGAAGUAAAGGUGUACUUGAUUUUCCUUUUCCUGCAGUACAUGGAGAAAGUGGUGGAACGACUACGGGGAAAAAUGUCACGCCGCAUUAACCUAAUCGGAGUGUGUGCCGUCAGCGGUCUGUGUAUUUUGCUGCUGUUCGCAAGCCACCGGUUCACUUCGAACAGCUAUGCAACCGAGUACUUCAAACCGCGGGAACGAAACGCCAAUCUGUGGCUACUGAAUGCACAUAAAUUUUAUGGAACAAAAUCCUUCAGCGCGGGAUCGUCCUAUGACACAAAUCCGGCAAUUCCGACGCCUCAAAAUUCCACAAUAACGAUCGAGGAUAUUCUUUCCUAUCAGCGCUCACGUAUAGCUGACGAGAUGAUCGAAUUCCAAUACCCGAACGGGUUGUACGACAAUGGAGCCACCAAACUGUCCGAUCUGACACCCGAAACAAAUGGCCAACCGGUACGCAGUAUUAUCGUCACCACGUGGCGAUCCGGGUCGACUUUUCUAGGGGACAUACUGAAUGCAAUGCCCGGAAAUUACUAUCACUACGAGCCGCUGCUGGACUUUGACAUUAUCCAGAUCCGGGGUCCACCGAACGAUCGGAUCGCCAUACACAACCUCAAGCAACUGCUCAAGUGCGAUUACACCGAGAUGGACAGUUAUCUCGAGUUUGGCAAGACGCAUAACUAUUUAUUCAGUCACAACACUCGCCUCUGGCGGCACUGCCGAUUGUUUCCACAGUUUUGCUACGAGCCAAAGUUCCUGGGGCCGUUUUGCAAGCUGUUCCCACUGCAGAGCAUGAAAGUGGUGCGCCUGAGGGCGUCACUCGUAACGCCACUGCUGGAGGACGAAAGCCUAAAUAUCCGCGUCAUCCUGUUGAUACGGGAUCCUCGGGGGUCAUUACAGUCCCGAAAGCAUCGGGUGUGGUGUCCCGGGCAACCCGACUGCGACCACCCGCCAACGGUAUGCAACGAUAUGCAGCUCGACUACGAAGCGGCUAUCGAGCUGACCAAGCUGUACCCGAAAAGGUUUCGGGCAAUCCGCUACGAAGACUUAUCGAUGAAUCCCUAUGAAAUGACCAAAGAAGUCCUAAAAUUCUACGGCCUACCGUUCGACCCGGCCGUCGAAGCAUUUCUAGACACACACACCAAGCUGGACAUCGGUGGCGUUAGUUCCACCUUCCGGGACUCCAAGUCGGCACCGUUCCACUGGACCAAGGAUCUCACAUUCGAAGAGGUGAAAAUAAUCCAGGACAGCUGUGUGACCGCCAUGAAAUCUUGGGGCUACAAGAAUGCCACCAGUGAGCAAGAACUGCUCAAUUUCGAUCCACUGCUGCCGUACAGUGUGUCAUGAAGUUUAGCCGAAGAGGAGUACGGCAGCAGUUGAUUGUCGGUCAGUGCACCAGUGAUCGACUAAACGGGAAUGACUCACGAAAUGCAGGGUUGUUGGUAAGUUAUAUUCGCACUGGUAGGGUGGCAAGGCAACGUACGUACUGUAUUCCGCCUCCUGGUUCCUCGUUGCCCACGGACAUCUGACUUACUGAAUUGUCUUAAUAGGGUAAAAAACUUGUUCGUUUUGAACGGACGGUAAGUGCUGCAAGAAGUAAAUUCGAUUAAAUUUAAUGUAUAGACAAAUAUAAGCAUCUGUGAUUAACUAGGUAACGUAAAUAUCGAUAAAUUCAAUGUUAAUUAAUUGCAUAUAACAGUUGUAUACCGUAAAUCCUACAUUGCACGUACUCGCUCCAUAAGGGCUCUGGUGGGGCAUCGGAUCACAGGUCACGAGCCAUUCUCACUAUCACGGUUAAUACUUCCUUGAAAGACAGUCUGGGAAAGGUUUUACUUUUCGGCUAGAUUUAAGAUCACAUUUGUAAACUGCUCACUGGAACAUAAGUUGAAAGUACUUCGAGUUCAUAGACACAAUGGUUUCUUUUCUAUCUAACGUUCCACCACUAUUCUAUAGAUACAAGGUUUUUUUGAUCUAUUAAAAAGGUAGUCAUGUUUGAACGGAAAAAAUAAGUCUCGUGAAUAAUAUUUCGAACACAUUUGAAACAUAUUAAACCGGUUACAAUACUAUUUCGACAAUACUCGGCCUACAAUCGACGAAUUGUGAAUCAACUGGUAUCAAUAUUUUUGCACCUUUUCCAAAAAUACAGUAUAGAUACUAAAGAUCCUGCCAAAACAAUAUAAGACAUUUGUGUUAAGCUUGAUUUGUGUUUCAAAUUCAUCUCGUCAGAACAAGCACCAACUGGAUAUCUAGUUAGACGAUGUAUCUAAACUAGUACCCGAAUUAAACACAAAAAAAUCCAAUCAGUUCACACGACACAUGUACACGCCUCAAGCAAUUGGCUUGUCCUGAGUGAUGUCCUGGGAAGCAAAUACAGAAGCUCUCGUUUGCUGGCAAGAAAGCGAAAGCGAACUCUUGUCUUUUGACUAGGGAACCAAACGCCUGGCAUUAUGCAAUAUUCAUUCCCAAAAAGAAAAAUUACUAGUGCUAGCUACUGACGACAUGAAUUCAAAACACAAAAAUCAAACAUAGUUUAAUUUGUGCCCUUAAUGCGCAAAUUGGAUUACGAACUGGGGAAUAAGUACUCUAUUUAACCAUGAAUAGACACAAAAGCGUAAAACUGAUAAGCGAUGCGAAGUUUAGUUGCUUGAUUUAAGAGUAAAACGAACCAGAACCAGAAAAACGCUUGGUUGAAUGUUUGUCCCUUUACUCAAUUCUCGACCAAUUUCGGUAAGGGCCCUCCUCCCAUCGGUUAAAGCUGGACAGUUUUGAAUAAUGUUUCUCCCAACUACGCUGAACACUAUUGACUUGCUCCUUCGACGUCUCCACCUCACGAUCGUGCAAAGCACAAUAGAAUUCGAUGUCUGUCCGGCUAUUCCGGCGCUUAAUUUGGAUCUACAAUCGAACUACAAAUCAUUUUUGUCGAAAAACCAUGUUCUUGGCUCAUCUCUCAUAGUUUAUUUCGAAAUGUACGCUUCUUUGAAAUCUACACACUGAUCAUGAGUCCGUAGAUUGUAUUCCCGAAAUAUAUCAAAUAUGUUGAAUGAUCCUAAUACUGCAUUGCGGAGAUAAUGAUACUGAAGGUACGCGACUUCUGUAGGCCUAACCUAUAUUUUCACCUUCAGAAGGUAUUCCACUUCAUAAAAACUCGGUCGUGUUGAACAAAAUUUAAAGUCAACAAUCAUUGUUGCGAGUAGAGCUUUUUCGUCAACUGAGAAGAAUAAUUCAAUGUUUCCUUUGUUCUCAAGACAAUGCACACUAGAUCGAAAAGCUGCUAGGUGUCGUUCACUUGGUUCUAUUGUAGGUCUGACUUCGGCAAAGGUAGAAAGUGGUCUGAUUUGUCUCUUUUUACUUUUGUAUUUAUUUAUAUCAACUCCAUAUAAAGGGUGUCCCACAUCAAAUUGCAUCACGGAUACAACGCUGCAAAAAUUUACUUAGUGGACCGAUCCUUUUCACAAUUUUCAGACAAUAAAAUAUAGCCCAUUAGUUGGCAUGUUUAUUUCAUUCAACUUCAAUACCAUAAACGUACGCUCGCACCUUACGCUUAACUCCACUCAUUACGUUCUGUACAACAUCUGGCUGCAGCUUCUUAUAUACGCAAACCCACUUUUUCUUCAUGUUUUCCUCAGAGUUGACCUCCUUGAAAUGCUUCCGUAGUGCCUGCUUCAUAGUUGCCCAGUAUUUUUCGUUGGGCCAUAGUUCCGGUGCGUUCGGGCGGUUCAUGUCUGUUGGCUUCGUACCACUCCAGGACGACAUUUGAAUAGUGGUACGAAGCUAGAUCCGGCCAGAAGAUCGUAGAUGCUUCAACAGAGGAUGGAAACGCUUUGAUAGAUCCUCCUUGAGGUAGAUUUCCCCCUUUCACAGUCCCGGUAGUCACGAACGGCGCACUCCGCUUGCCACAUGAGCAGAUUGCUUGCCUAAUCAUGUAUUUAUUAGCAAACUGAAAGUUUCUGCUUCCUUACUUCCUCCGGCACAAGUUUGCUGGGUGGUGAAGAACAGUAGCCCCGGAAGUCGGGCUUGACAUAAGUCUCAUUAUCUAUGAUGAGACAAUUAGGCUUCCCCGAGCAAAUUUUCACGGACUCAGACACCAUACAACACUUUAAACAGACCAUAAAUAUGGUCAAACACCAUAAAAUGUUCUCAAUAUCCUAUAAAUGUGAUCUACAGGACCAUGAUGAUGGUGUUUUCAUACCCCAUUUAAAACACUAUCAAAACACCACGCAGUGGGGAUAAUCUAGGACCAUAACCAUGAGUAUAUUUUGGGCUUUUCGUUUGCUCGGGUCGUCAGCAUCUGGGUGUACAGUUUCCGGAUCCGAUACUUUCCCACUGUAUUUUACCGUUCGUCAGGAUUUGAAGCCUUCUGCACUUUGUACGUAUGCAGUCCCUCCCGGUCCUUGGUUCUCUGGACGAAAGACUUAGACAGGUUUAACUUUUUACCUUUGUAAUUCUGAUCACUAAUAGAACUUCCAUUCUGAUCGCAUUUCUCCUUCCGUUCGAUGCUCAGAGUUUAAUAAAGGGCGAACACGAAAUUAUUGCGACAGAUUCAACAGGGCAUAACUUUUUUACCAUUGGGUAAAAAUCAACCAAAUUUUGCACACUUUCUCAUUGAUGUGUAUUGUUUACAUGCUGUCAAACUCGAAGUCGUGUUUUUCGAUUCAACGAUAAUGGAGGUGAAUCAACGCGAGUGAAGAGAACAAAUGCUUUCCAAACACCUGGAAUUUCCUGACCUGUCGCAUCUGCAGUUGGGAAAAAUGUUAAACAUUCACCAUUCAACCGUCUCCAGAGUGUUGAAGCGGUUCCAGGAGCGGUUGACGUUGGACCACGGCAAAGGAGCUGGGAGAAAACCGGGGCCGGAGAACAAAAAGACGGAGGGAAAGGUGAAGCGGAUGAUUAAAGCAAAUCCCAACGUCUCAAGCCGUGAUUUGGCUAAAAAGAUCGGCAUGUCGCAGAGCUACGUCCAGAAUGCAAAGAAAAGAGCUGGACUACAUACAUACAAGGUACAGAACUUCCCAAACCGCGAUAAGUGGCAACAAUCGACGGCUGAAACUCGGGCACGGAAGCUCUACGAGAAGAUGCUGACAAAAUAUGGCUGCUAUGUGAUAGACGACGAAACGUAUAUAAAAGACGAUUUUAAGCAAAUUCCGGGGUUGGAGUUUUUCACCGGCAAGAGCAAGUUCUAUGUGGACGACAAAUUUAAGAAGAAGAAAAUGUCGAAAUUCGCCUCCAAAUAUCUCAUUUAGCAGGCCAUCUGCUCUUGCGGACCGAGGAAUGAGCCUUUCGUGAUAAAGGGCACAGUAAAUGGCGAGAUCUACAAAUCUGAGUGCCUCGAGAAGCACCUUUUGCCGUUCUUGUAGCAGCACGACGAAGCUCCGCUAUUUUGGCCAGAUUUGGCAUGAUGCCACUAUUCUAAAAGUGUCCUGGAGUGGUAUGAGGCCAAUUCUGUCCAUUUUGUUCCAAAGAACAUGAAUCCGCCAAACUGUCCGGAGCUGCCCCCGGUGGAGCAGUACUGGGCAAUGAUGAAGCGGGAACUUCGGAAGAGCAAGAAGACAGUCAAAGACGAGAAGGACAUGUUAAGAAAAUUGGCAAAAAACUGAGAAACUGGGACCGGAUGACACUGUAAAGACUUUGAUGGAGGGCAUCAAGCGAAAAUGCGUUCAAUUUUACACUCAAGGCUCCAUCGAUUAACUUUUCUUUUGAUUUUUGAAGUAAAUAUAUGUAUAAAACUAGCCUAAAAUUUUGGUUUGAUUUUAAACAUUUUUUUUUUAUCCCUUUAUGGGCAGCUAGGGCCGAGGGUGGUGGCUAACGGGUUUCAUACAUCCUUGACCUGACGGACAAAGCUAUGGUGCCUUGAACACAGGCAACGCAGAUCCAAGGCCAUCAUUGAAAUGAUAAGUUCUGCGUUUGAGAUGUACUUCCCCCGGUUGCCAGACGAAUAUCUGUAAUUAUUACUUGUUGCUUUGUAUGUAUGAAUCUAAUGUUCAGUCCUGGGUGGUGUAUGCGGGGAAGGUGUGGUUUUUAGCGUUCGAGUCCAGGAAUGCAUAUCUGUCUAGGUUAGCGUGGGCGUUUACUAAUUGUGUAAUAGUGUGAUCGCUAAAGGCUCGAGCAUAUGAAUGCCAGCGUGUCUCCAACUUUGCGUGCAUAAAUCCAAUUUUAGAUCCGUCUUGCCAUUCGCACAUUCACGUGUAUUCUCGAACGAUCGCGCGCGGACCGUGAAUCUAAUAAUUAAUUUUCAGUGUAUGGUAGAGAAACGUGUUGUCUAGUGAAUCGGUCCAACUGAAGGCAUGAGUCUAGGCUGAUCGAGAGUAGAGAAUUCCGAACGUAGCCGGUCUAUGAUCGCGCGAGUGGUGGGUUAAUGCUUGAGACCGCGGUUGUAAAGUUAUAGGUGCUGAAAAGUUCACUUAAGUAAAGGGGUGUUGGCGAAAUUGCGAGCGUAGGUGUGUGUGGAUGAUUGAAAUUGUAAUGUAAGUUCGCGUUUUUGACCAGGUUUGUGUUAUCGCGAAAGUUAGGGGCGUUUGCACGUUUUGGAUGUGAAUGUAUAUGGGAGAAUAUGCAAUUGACUGUGCUAGUGAAUAUCAGUAUGAACCCAACUCAAGAUACAGUAAUAAAAGGAAAAAUAACAUGCCGAAUGUUUCUUUUUUUAGGUCAAUAACCGUGCAUUGAAAAAUGCUCAAAAACUCUGAACUAGGCCCCAUCGAGUCCAGUCUGUCCGUCUCGUCCUGUCGUGUCUGGGGUUUCCAGGUUACAUGCAUUCACCAGAUGAGACUAGCUUAUGUCAGCUUACUUGUGCACUGGUUUCGUAGAAUCGAGGCGAUCAUCGAAAUGACAGAUCCUACGAGUGAAUGCACUUGGCCCAGUCACCUGUCAAGCAUUUGUGUAUUUGUGUGUGUUGAGAUAUGUGUGGAGCCUGUAAAUAAUAUUUUAAUACGAAUAAUAUUUUAUACUUCAAAACAAGAAAUGUGCAAUAUACUACUUGCAGUUUGUUGAUCGUUCCUACUUAUCUGAUUCCAUCGAGUAUGAGAAUACAACUCCAUUGUUCUAAAACCUGGCGACGUCCGAUGGCACAGAAGAAUCAUUGUGGGCAGCAAUGUUGCUCUUCUUGAAUGUAUGAGCUCGAAAAGGUCAUCACAAGAAUAUAACGCAUGAGACCGAAAAUAAAUAAAAAAAUAAAUAAAGAGAAGAGUUAGUAUUGAUAUUGAGUAUUAGUAAUAUGCCGAUUUUUUUCGAGAGUUGUCCUACUGGAACUGUAGAGCUAAUUGAUUUAAUUAAGGCAUGGACCUAGACUUCUGGAAUCGAGGAUAGAGACUUCCGGACGCGAACGAUUCAUGAAUGCGCGAGUGCGGGGGACUGUAGGUUCACGCUUGAGACUGCGUUUGAGUGAUUACAAGUGCCGAGACGUUCAUAUUAUCACCGGGAUGUUAUAAUGUCUGGAAGAGCGCGAGUAUAGGUUGCGUGGAUGGUCGCGAAGGGCUCAAGCAUUUUUAUAUUUGUUUGUCGCGUGUAUGUGACUUUGCAUUCGAUUUUUAUGUAGUUUCGCGCGAACACGGGCAUUUGGAGGUUCACUCUCGAGACCGGGAUUGUUAAUUUAUAAGUGCUAAACCAUUCACUUAGUCACCAGGGUGUUAUACUUUUUACGAGAUCGUGGGUGUGGUCGUGCGUGGAUGAUCGCGAAGGACUCGAGCGUUUGUAUGUGGACGUUUUUGUCACGUGUGCUAGUGUGUAACUUCGCGUGGACACAUUAUUUUUAUAAGCGUGUGGCCAUUCGCAUGUUCGCGUAUUCUUCAACGAUCGCACGUGGACGUCUUGUCUAGUUUUUAUUUCUAUUGGUCCAACUAAAGGCAUGAAUUUGGGCUGCUAUGAUCAAGGGCGGAGACUUCCGGACGUGACCGAUUCAUGAUUGCGCGAGCUUAGGUUCUUAGGUUCCAACGUUCACCCAAUCAAUCGGGGUGUUUGAAUAUUGGCGAGAUCGCGGGCGUUCGUAUUUGUGACCAGGUUCGUGUUAUCGCGUAGGCCACGUUUGUACGUUUGGAAUGAGGUGCCUGCAGAGAGAAUUGGGCCCUAAACCCACAUUGUAUAUUAUUUGACCAUGGCAGUGGAUAAUAAAGGUCGCCAAGUUAAGUACUAAAAUUGAUCACAAUGUAGCUUAACUAAAAAGAAAAUAAUCGUAUCCCAAGUUUAUGUGAUAUCAUCACUGUAAUACUGCUUUGGUGGAAAAGCCCCCGGACCACAUCAAGGUACAGUAUCAUGCCGAGGGAAUUUUGGUUUGAUUUUAAACAUUAUAAGAAAAUUGGCAUGACAUUUUCGGUGUUGCAAUAAUUUCGUGUUCGCCCUUUAGUAUCGUUUAAUAACACGUCUCACCGUCGACUGCACGAUUCCGAGUUGUUUUCCGAUGUCCCGAUGAAAGAGUUGAGGAUUUUCCAGAUGCUUCUGCAAAAUAAAUUCGCGACGUUGCUUUUCGGGUGACGCCAUUUUUUCCAAUCUUCGAAAAACUAACUGCGAUAAAAAUACAAUGUAAACAAUACACUCCAAAUUACUUCUACCUAAAUUUUCAAGAGAAAAUAUCCAAUGGGUUGUUUCUAGAGUUACUAUAUUAAGAGUUAGGCGGACACAAAAACCGGAAAACUGGCAACUCUUAUUUCAAGAAAAAAAAAACACUGGCAUUCCAUGUAAAUGUUCAAGCUUUAGCUUAAUAGUUUCAUUGUCGUCGUAAGUAAGAACUUUGCAUGCACGAAUAGAAAAACCAAAGAUCUGAUGAUAUGAUUUCAUAUUUGUGCGAAUAUCUCUUCUUGUUGCAGAAAAAAUUGGUUCAUUUCGUUUCUCUACACUCGAUAACACAAGAGAAGAGAAAAAUAGUUAUGACCAUAAUCACAAUACCUUUUCCAUAUACAGAGAAUCUGUAAAAGGAAGAUGCACAUGCGGCUAGCGUUAAAAGAGACUAUAGAAUGGUGGACCAAGAUCAAAUGAUUAAGGCAUCCAAAAUACAUUUGGUCACUAUGCGGAGCACCCGGAUUGUUCAGUCACGAUUAUGUUGAUGAGGAUGUGUAGUAACGACGAGUUUCUGCGUCUGCGUUAUUGAAUUGUCCAAAGCUCAGUAGCUCGCUAGUUACAUUUCUCCCUAUUUAACUCAAUAUUCUGAUUUUCUACCGAUUUAGAAUCCAACAGAAAAUGACAAUUAUCCACAUUAGGGAAAUAGUUUAACAAGGAUUAUAUAACGAACUUCACCAACUGUAAACGAAAAGAUUUUAUUGACCCGUAAGUUACAACAUUACCCGACCUGAAUGAAAUAACACAAUUAAUGGGUUUAUUGUUUGAAACCAUAGAAGUUGGCAUUUUUAACAGUUAAUCCAGGAAGAGGAUAGGGGUCAAGGUGGUUGAAUGUUACCGUGUUAAUUUAGUUCCACAUAAUAUUUUGAUUUAUUAUUUCAGGAACAACAAAAUAAAUAAAAUGUUCGACACGUUCUGCAACGUCAGCUGCAUCCGAUCAGACCAAAAUGGCACAUAGCUUAAUGGUCCAAUGCUCGACAAAUAUAUGAUUAGGGCUCAAAAGCCAACUGUCAUUCACUUUGGGAGGAAAUUCUGGACGAACCGUUAACCGCCCAGCUCAACCGUUGAUAACAAACAAAAGAGGAAAGUUUUUUCUUUCGUUGACUGCUAUGCAUCGUGCUUAGGGUGGAUGUACCAAUAGCAUACUUAAGGAAAACUUUUGAUAAAAAAUCGAUGAAUAGACCUAAGGGUAAUGUUAAUACAUUAAACGACAGCUUUCAGUCCCUACUUCAUAGGAAAAAUAUAAAGAUGGUUUAAUAACCGAUUUAUGUAUUCAAAACCGCUUGUACCACUAUAGGAACACAUGUACCAAUAGUGGUGCAAUCACUAAUUUCGGUUCCUAUUGUUGCAAAUCCCAUUGCUUUCUUAUGGGACUUGCAACUAUAGGUACACUAUAUCAACCAUAGGUGCAAGGGAGCUCAAAAUUCUAAGAAAAUCAUUUUUUUCAAUAGUUAUUUGGGCAAAUUUCAAGGAUAACAGUUUUAUUGUCGCAUAAUUUUGUUGCGAUGAAUCGAUAAAAAAAUAUUUUUUGAUGGUUAGUACCUCAGUUACGCGUAUAACCCACUACUGCAACUAUUGGUACACCUCAACUAUAGGAGCACCCACCCUAGGUAAUAAUGAUUUAUCUAGAAUUUCUCCUCAAAGUAAAUUUUGACAUUUGGCUUUUGAGCCCUAAUCAUAUGUUUGUCUAGAAUUAUACCAUCACAACUAGGGUGACCGAAUACGCACCAUUCAUAAACUUUUAAACCCAAACUAGCCGAGUAUAUCGCAUGCCUGACUCAAACCUAUCGCAUUUACACACACUUCAUGCAUGCAAAAUUUAAACUCGUAUACCAGAGAACAAAACUCAUGAUAAACUUUGCGCUCAAAGCAAUUGGAUGGAUGCGAGUUGAUCUUACACCCGAAAAAAUUGCACUAUGUUCAACUAAGAAUGGGUUUAUGUCAAUAGAAAAUAACUCGUAGAACAUGAAAACAAUAUGAGUCUGACAUAUUAAUGAACUAUAGGGAACAGAGGAGUCCACUUGUGAUUGCCCUCGGUUUUUGCUCUCAUAAUCUGGUCACCCCAAUUCUGCCUAUAAUGGUAAUAGAAAAUUCCAAAUAUCUUGAGUUGUAAUUGCCUGUAGUAAACCCUGAAAUGGAUAUUGAAUUCCACAACUCGAAGAAACCCUGCGUCAGAGAUUUACUUGACACAGCAAGGCUAAUGUCCAUGAUACUCCGUACGCGACUGGUAUAUUUUGGACCCUUUAGACAUUCGUUCUUUGUGAAAGGAGAUUCACCAAGACUUAGGCAAUCCUGUUUUCAGACGCCUCAUACGACAUAGGAGCAGGAUCCCGGUCGAUCAAUUCGUGGCUGAGAUACGGUAAUCCGUUUGAUACCGGAUACUUAUUGGAGAAAAUAUGUAAACUACUAUAAAACAUAAUUCAACACGUUCACGUCCAACUUUUUCUGUCCUUCGUCAAUUCUUAAAUUUUCUAUCCCGCAAACGAAAGUUAGUUAUACCAUCUAUUCCAUUUGACUAUACUAAAUUACAUAUCUGUUCUUUCCGUACACGCACAAGACUACACGACUAGUAAAACCCACAGUCUAUAGCAAAGUAGAUUAAUACGACAUAUCUCUAAAAUAGAAGAGUAGAAAUAGAAGUACAUGUCCGUAUCGAUUUUAAUUAAGCUUUAAACAUCAAGCACACCAACUAAUAAUUACAAUAAAAUAACUGUAACCCAGUACAGCCCAAGCGAAGGAAGUUUUGCAUUUGCGCAGUCGUAUUUAGUCAUAAAAGAAAACAAUAAUUAAUAGGCUGUAAUCGUUCAUCACCGAAAACUAGAUAACGAUUAGAUAGUUAGGCCAACUAGUUCAAUCGAAAACAACACAAUGAUUUUUGAACACUUACUCAAAGAGAGAAAUAAUUAGAGUGCCUUUUGAUCCGCAGCAGAACAUAAUUCAAGCCAACGUAUAGAACAAAAACAAAACUUUAAACAACGCUGAAUCGCACGUAUGUACGCAACAGAGCCUAGGAACAAAUGAUUAAAACACAGAACAAUCGAUAGCAGUAUGCCAGUAGAACAACAACAAAAAACACUAAUCUUUUCUGAUCAAAUCUUCUCUAAAUGCAACCAUAAAUUUGAAAACAGACGAAACCACGCUAUUUACAAAUCGUAAUUAAAUUACAACUACUGACACAGAUCUUAAGAUGUUCAUUCUUUUUAUGCAGAGUCGAUUUAAAACUAUGACGAACAUUUCGAUCGUGAAUCGGCAAUAGGACCUAAUUCACAAUUGUUAAAAUUAGUGGAAACUAUUCCCCUUAAUUUUAAGCAUGCUCAGUUAUGUUAUAAAACUCCAAGCCUCCGGUAGGAAAUUGUUUUUCAGAGUGAUAACCUUUCUAUAACAGUAAUAGAAAAUUAUAUGGUGGAAAUUCACAGUAAUUGAAAAAUAAGCUACAUGACGGGUUAAGGUCGGUUUCAUAAACGAGGACAAUUAACAUUUGCUCUGUUUAUGAAGUGUUUUGCCUAAUACGGGUACGAUCAAUAUUUGAUUUUUUCUCUAAUCGACGAUCUUGACGAACGAACACGGCUAGAAAAGGUGCCGAAGAUACGUAAUGAACAUUACAUGAACACAAUGGAUGAAAUUGCUAUUUCUCAAAUUUAGUAACGAAAACCUCGAAACAGUAGACACACACUUAGAAAAGAAAGGGAAAAAUACAUUUGAGGUAACCUACAACGUAUUUUGCUGUCUUAUGAUAGGAUUUUACAUGCUGUGACAUGUAGAAUAAAAUCUUAUAAAGUAAAAUUUGACUGAAUAAAUUGGGGAAUUGCGAGCGAUACAUAUUUUUACAUCUUCUUAAUCGUAAUCGUAAACGUCUCCCAAGGUGCAUAUAAAAGAAUAGCCUUAGUUCACUACAUUAUAUCAGUUUCCACCUAACUAAAACCACUAGUUGUCAUCAGUAUCUCUUGAAGAUUCAGUAAUUUGUAAAGGACACAUGAUAAUUAUAUCUGAAAUUAAAAUGUUCAACAUUAAAACUCGAAUAUUCAUAGUUGUUCGUUUUAAUAAUUUAUGUUUUAACUUGUUUAGGACAGUGACCCGGUGUAUCAAUUAUUUCAAAUUAAAUUUGUAUUGUCGUUGAUCGGUGCAAUCAAGAGCCUUUUGUUGAUUCAAGAUCGAUUUGUAGGCAAUUAAAUCGAAACAAUGCGACUUAAAUAUAAUAAACGAAAGUUUACGUAUGGUUCCGCAUGCCAGCGUUGAGCGUGUCUGAAUCAAUCGAUACGAAUACUUUGCUGGCACACUUAGACGAGUAAUGUUUAUAAGAAGUAGGUAGUAGAACAAAUAAUCAACAAUAAUUUAUUGACAGUGCAGAAAUGAAUGAUAUGAACUUAGAUGUCCAUGCUCAAGAAUUGGAAUAAAAACAAAUGUGAAUUCAC